AUGAUCGCCACUGGAGGCCUCCUGAGGAUCUCGGCUAGGAAACAGGACCCCUUGCGACCCCAAAGCCAAGUCCCCAAACGCAAACGCAAAGCCAAAAAGAAGCGCAAGAACGACGUGGUGGUGGUGAAAGGCAAGCUCAAGCUGUGCUCUUUCUCGGGGCUCGUCGCCCUUUGUGGCAUCCUGAUACUGCUGGUGGGCAUCGCCUUGGCCGUGGUGGGCUACUGGCCGAAGCCCAGCCAGGUGUACAGAGAAGGCAGCUUCAGUGGGGGCCGGCACCUGGCACCGCAUGGUGGCACCCCCAGGAACCACUCCCGGAGCCAGGAAGGGGCACAAGCAGGGAUCCAUCCAGAGCCACCCGCCAGAGCCAACACUUCCACCACUGCUACCACGCGAGGGUCCCCACAGUCCCCUCCCACUUCCUCGUCCCCCCAGGCCUCGGUGGGUUUCCUUUUCCAUCUUUUCUCGAGCUACUUGCAUUCAGACAAGCUGAAGGUGCUGGGUCCCCUCAUCAUGGGUAUCGGCAUCUUCCUCUUCAUCUGCGCCAAUGCGGUAUUGCACGAGAACCGUGACAAGAAGACCAAGAUCAUCAACCUGCGUGACCUCUACUCCACUGUCAUCGAUGCCCACAGCCUGCGGGCCAAGGACAGAGGCACGCCGGCCUCAGCCCCUCUCAACGGCUUUGUCAACUACGUGCAGUCCCGGGGCCUGGAGCUAAAGCCUGGUGGUGAAGGCCUGGGUGCUGCGGCCAUGCUGGCCAAGAGCUCCUGGCCACCAGGACUGGGUGUCUCCCUUUCCCCACCGGACCUGGCAUCGUCGCCACGCCGUUCCUCCUUCUGCACCCCGCCGCAGCCGCCCAGCCUGGCUGAGGCUGUGUACAGCAUCUAUCGGGAGCGCCCUGCCCUGGCUGGGCCAGGGGCGCCACGCUGGCGAAGGCCCCCUGGUGAGCGGGGAGCCCGGGAGAUCCCACGGGGGGAGUUUGAACUGAGCCUGACCGACCUCAGCAGCAGCCACGGUGAGGGGGGCUGUGGGACGAGGAGGCACAAGCUGGUUCUCAGGCGGCAGAGCACCAGCUGCUUGCCUGAUGCCAGGUGUCCCCUUUUCCCUGAGCCACCUCGGUCCCCGGCUGUCAGCAGGGGCCUGGACUCCAGCCUCUUGGUAAAGGCAUCUUCUAGCUACUCCAGAUCUCUGGAUCUGGGAGGGUUGCCCCCCUCAACCCCUCCUGUCAUCACCAGAGUGGACUCCCAGAGCUCCCAGUCUGAGCCUUCCAGCAGCAAUAAGGGCUACAGCCACCUGGAGGAGGCAGGCACCUCCUUGGAGUCAGUUGCCAACACCCCAGCCAGUAAAAUCCAGGACUGUGAGGAGGGACCAGUUGAGAAGACAGACCCCCUCAAGGCUACCAGCAGAGAACAAACAGGGGAGCAAUCCCAGCAAACUCAAAGACAAUACACAAAUAAAGAGAAACUCUUUAUGAUUUCUAGGUCACACGCUGCAUUAGGGUUGGAGGACGGGGAACUGGAGAGUACUGGCAUCUAAACAAAACAGAAGGCACAAGGACACCUUGCAAUGCUCCACACCUUCCCCCCUUCUCCAUCUCCUUGUGGACUUAGGAAAUAGAUCAAUAUCCAAAGAGCUGCAGUAUGUUACCCUUGAAAAUUGAAUUCCGUAAAUCCUGUAGAUAACUUCAGGAAGAAAAAGAAAAUCCUUUCUGUCCGAUUGUGAUUGUAUGUUCCAUGCAAGCCAAAUUGUAUUAAAUAUCCACAGUCCAGCAAGUUCUUUGGAUCAGAUUAAUACAAUUUCGGACAGUAUAACUGUGCACUUUACUGUUUUGAUUUCCAAGUGCCCCUUCUUCUCCUCUGAUUUCUUUCUUGCUGAUUUAUCACUAACCGCUUGAAAACCGCAGGCACCUUUUUAAGCUCAAGAGCAACGUGGUCUUCAGAUCAAGAAAGCCGAGCUCUCUCUUUGUUUUGGUUCAAUCACUAAAACGUUUGCAAGGCCUUAAGGAUGACGUACCUUGACAAAGAAUGAGUUUCUUUAAAUUCUGGGAAAAAAUGACAGUUUAGAAGAGACUGGAGCAGAACAGAGCUCUGAUGAUUUAGUUAAAACCAUUACAUUCCUGAAUCCAAAAUACCUACUACUACGUGAUGCUUUUAAGUAUUAUUACACAUGUAUUGACUAAUAGCAUUACAAGAUUUUUUUUUUUUUUAAUAAAACAUUUACAAACGAAA